UCCCUGACAGACACUCUCUCUCAGAUUAGUCACUCUUAUUCUCUCUCACACACACAUAUUUAGCCACACACUCUCACACAGACACACAGAGAAACACACACACACUCCCUCACACAGAUACACACACACAUACUCUCUCUCUCUCUGUUACACACACACACCCCCUCACACAGAUACACACACCCUCACACACACAGAUAUACUCACACUCACAUUCUCUGUCACACCCACCCACCCUCAGUGUCCCUGACUGUCCUGCAGUCUCCGGCCUCAGGCAGAUACACCUCCCUGUUGCCCAGACACGGUCAGGGCUCUGCCUGCAAUGGGGAAGGACUCAGAAGCCGGGCAGCAGCUUGCUAACGGCAGCCGCCGAGGAUGCAGUCUGAGCGGCGUGGCGAUCCGGCCGAGCCCCGGGGAGGAGCGGCGAGCCCCGGCUAAACUGCGGGCUUUCCUGCGGAGGAACUGCCUGGUGCUGCUGACCGUCUCCGGGGUGUUGCUCGGGGUGGCGGCUGGACUCGCGGCCAGGAAGCUGCAGCUCUCCCGCACCCACAUGCUGCAUUUAGCUUUCCCCGGAGAGCUCCUGCUCCGGCUGCUCAAGAUGAUCAUUCUGCCCGUGGUGUUCUGCAGCCUGGUAGCUGGAGCUGCUAGCAUCGACCCCAGAGCCCUGGGCAAACUGGGGGGCAGAGCCAUCCUCUACUUUGCACUGACCACCCUGAUUGCAUCUACACUCGGAGUCACCUUGGGCUUGACCAUCAAACCAGGAGAUCAGAGCGGCCAAGUCCGGCCCAUGGACCAACCCAUUGCCAGCCCCAGCCUGCCCAACAAAGAGGCAACUGAUACCUUCCUGGACCUCUUCAGGAAUCUGAUUCCUUCAAAUCUUGUUGCUGCAGCUUUCCGCUCGUAUGCCACAGAUUAUAAAUGGGUACUGACUACUGCCCCCGGUGAAAACCUAACAUCCAGAAACACAACCCUCGAAAAGGUUCCAGUUGGCAGCGAGGUGGAGGGAAUGAACAUCCUGGGACUGAUCCUGUUUGCGAUGACCUUUGGGAUUGCUCUCCGGAAGCUGGGCCGUGACGGAGAGCAGCUGAUUCAGUUCUUCAGCAGCUUCAAUGAUGCCACCAUGAUCCUGGUCUCGUGGAUAAUGUGGUAUGCCCCGGUUGGAAUCCUGUUCCUGGUUGCCAGCAGAAUCGUGGAGAUGGAGGAUGUGGUUUUGCUAGUAACCGGUUUGGGGAAAUAUGUCCUUGCUUCUAUCCUGGGCCAUUUCAUUCACGGAGGGAUCAUACUGCCCUUGAUCUAUUUGCUGUUCACUCGCAGAAACCCGUACAAGUUUCUGUUGGGCAUUGUAACUCCGUUAACCACAGCAUUCGGAACGUGCUCCAGUUCAGCCACUCUGCCUUCAAUGAUCAAGUGUGUGGAAGAAAACAAUGGAAUCGAUAAGAGGAUCUCUCGGUUUGUUCUCCCCAUUGGAGCUACAGUCAACAUGGAUGGAGCUGCUUUGUUUCAGAGUAUUGCUGCUGUCUUCAUUGCAAAUUUGAACAGUGUCACCUUGGAUGCAGGACAGAUCUUCACCAUUAUAGUGACGGCUACAGCUUCGAGUGUUGGGGCAGCUGGAAUUCCAGCUGGUGCUGUGCUGACUAUCGCCAUCAUCUUGGAAGCUAUUGGACUGCCCACCAAUGACCUUUCGCUCAUCUUAGCCGUUGACUGGAUUGUGGACCGGAGCUGCACUGUGGUCAACGUGGAGGGCGAUGCUCUGGGAGCAGGGAUUCUUCACUACACCUGCCAUUCCGAACUGGACCCGGCGAAACCAGAACUGACGGAUGUGAAAGUUGAAGCUGUAGCUAACCCGAGUUCCGAGGAAGAAACCUCUCCCCUGGUCUCUUACACUAAACAGCUGUCAGCUCCUGCUAACACCACUGAUUCAGAACCGAAGGAAUCUGUACUCUGAAGGCAUCAAAAUACUACUCCCUGUUCCAGAAACCUGAAAGCUACCUGCACGUGGGAAGAAUAAUCUCCAGUGUUAAUGGUUGAUUUCUAAUUAUUUAAUGUGAGUGUUGGUAUCAGUUACUUAGUCAUCUUCAAACCAAUUAUUUUGCAAUUAUUUAAGUAAAGAUCCAAUAUUAAUCAGCAGGAAGCAUCCCCAACCAACAUUCCAUGAGUAUUAGAUUCAGGCAUCAUGGAAACCGAGGGAGCCGCCCAGGAUCUCCGUUACCCAUGACCUUCUUACAACAUAUAAUGUUUAAAAACUUCAGUCACGUUUAAUAUUUCUUAACUGUCCUGUUGCCUUUCCUAUUUAGAUGUUCAUAGAAAAAGAGGUAAGGGUGUUUGAAGUCUUUCCAUCUGUUGUGACUGAGACAGGAGGUUUCACAUGUUCUGUUGUCAAUGGCUAAGUUUUCACACUGGGGCAGUAUUAUGUCGCCAUUUACAGUAUCCUGUAUGACUUGUAAUGAAUGUGUUAGUGUGUCAGUUGCUGUAAAAGCUUUGCAAAUAUUUUGAUGUUCAUGGUCUCUGUUACAUAACCCUCUUGGAGACAAUGCUUUAUUUGGUUUGACCAGGACGAGAGGAGAGUUGACCGUUUCACUGAGACACUGGGGGAUCUGGGACUGACUGCUUAUAUGGAUAGAGGCAGAAAUUCUCACCUCUUUGUAAAAAGAAAACCCCUUGGAUAUGCAGUUAGUGUCAGGCCCAAGAGCUGAAGAUGAAAUUAGUUUGGACAUCAUAAAAAUGACAGACCAAGUGGUCUCCCACUGCACUGAGUUUUCUCUGUUUCUCAAUGUUCAUUUCAGAUGGUCUUUGAAAUGUUGCUUUAACCUGCUCCCGUGUGCCUUAAUGUUUACUUCCUCUGCCCUGACCAUACCUCCCCCAACAAACCCAUGCUGACCAAUAGCUGAAGUGCAGAGACGUGUGUGUAUGAGAAAUUCCCACAAGCUGAAAAAUAAUAUGGUCACAGAUUGGAAAAUGGUCAGGGUUUUUGCCUCACCCACUUUGUGCUGCUUUAAUAAGCAGCAGUCUACAUGCUUUCAGAAUUCCUUGGCACCACAUUGGGUAGGACGAGCCUUCCGUCCUGGGCCUGCCUUUGUGUUUCUCUGGUCUCAGGUGCAGAGACCAGUUGGAAUGGUUUCCUAAGCAAUUAAAUGGUGGAAAUGCUGCAUAUAAAGAAAGGAACGGGCAGUUGUUUCCAAGAGACUUCACACAAAUUAUUUUGGCUUGGAAUAUUAGGCAUUCAUCUGUCAAUUUUAUUCUCCCGAAUGUUUUUUAAAGAAGUAAUUUCCUUUUGUAAACACCCUGAUUAAAACACCGGGAGUAAAAGGCAUGGGCAAUGUGCUGACCGAGCGUUUCACGACAGUUUUGGAAGUUGUAGAGUGACUGACUGGACUGUACCUCACUGCUGGAGAUGUGCUCGCUAACAUACAGCUUGUUACACAGUGUUCCUGGGAGAGUUCUGCUCUGAAAGACACAUUUUGCAACACAGUUUAGCAUUCUCCUCAUUAACAAAAGCAGUUAACCCAGGUACACGUCCAUCAACAUGGGGAUGUAUUUCAUUGGUAGUCUCACCACCUCGCUGAAAUCGAUCUGAAAGAUCAGCUUCCUAUAAGGGUAGUCCAUUCCAAACUUGGGAUCCAGUAACCAUUCUCCAUGAUCCCAGAUAGAACUUGGUUUCAGUAUAUAUGUACCUACUAACCUCCGCACUGACUUCAUGUCAAAGCACACUGCACAAUUGGCAGAACUAAUCUCUGAGGGAAUUAAACAGUAAAGCAGUUUUCCUGAGGAACCUUAAUAACACUUUAUCCAAUGAAGUAAUU